AAGCUCAAGACAUGACUUUGAAUGCCGCUCAAGACUUCUUAAGCUUGUUUUACCAAUUGCGUUCUUAAAAGAAAAUUUAACUGCCAAUUUCCUUUUUAAGUUGCUUCUAAUCACUCGUCAAGUAAUGGAUCUGUGCUGUGUAUCUCAAGCUGUUAUCAUUUUCUUACUUCUUCAUAUGUUGUGCGGAACUGUUGCUAGGGUUGGCAAAAGUCACGAGAUCGAUUCCUAAACGAGGACUGGACCUUUUCUCUUUUUUUUUUUUUUUACCGUUAUUUUUUCCUUUCAAACUAUUUUCAAUGGAUUAGAAUGUGAACUUACAGAAAGUACUUCUUUUCUUAUUUGUUUUUGUUCUCCACUAAACUAUAGAAAUUUAUUUGUAUAUCCCAUGCUGUUAGAGGCCGCUUUUCGUCAAUUUGUCAAUUCACAAUUGAUUUGAAUGCAAGCUCUGUUUUUCAACAUCACGCCUUUUGUUUCAAAUUUAUAGCACGUUUCCUCAAAGCACGCUGUUUUUGCACUUGUCCGGUUAUGGAAACACGGCGAUACCAGAUUAGCGUUUUUUUUUCCGCGAAGUGCAAGAAAAUAAAUGAUACAGUGUUACAUUUUUUGAAAAUUGAUCAGUGUCUUCGCUGUCUUCUAGCGUGACAAAGCAAUUCAGCUCAGCACAUGACAUUACCCCGUUUUUAUAUAUUUUUUUUAGUUGUUGUUGUAAUUUUUGACAGCGAUGAUCGUAAUUUAAAAUAAGGCAAAGCCGUGAGAUUGAAACAUCUCCUAAUUUAAAUAGAAAGUACAACAAUCAAAUGACCUGUCACCCUAGGAAGCCAAAAUCCAAUCAAGUAUUUUGUUUUUGAUGGUAUGAAGACGGAUGUCAACGAUUCGUAAAAGCCGUAAUCUGCCGAAAGAAUCAGCACCUACCUGGGUCUGUUGCUUGAGUGCAGAAACAACAGUUACGAAAACAAACAUAAAUGGCUUCGUUCUGGCCUUUUGCCGUAUUUUUUGUGAUGCUGCUUCUCCACGCAAAUAACGCAAAAGAGCCUCAGACGGUGGUUCUAGUUUCCAUGGAUGGAAUGCCGUGGAACUUGAUCAGCGGAGCAUUCGCCAACACUUCAAACCUCGACAGAGUUGCAAAAAGUGGAGUGAAAGCCAAGUACAUCAAAACAGUCGUUCCCGGGAAAACUUGGCCAACGCAUCAAUCUUUUUUCACUGGUUUGUACCCUGAAAGCCAAGGAAUCGUUUCUAACACCUUUUGGGAUCCAGUGUUUAAAGAACAGUUUAUCUAUGAGUACGACUGCAGCAAUUUCGAUCCGAAAUUCUACACCGAGGCGGAACCAAUAUGGCUGACCCUGCAGCGAUCGAAGGUAAACAAGGGUCGAAGUGGAGUCUACUUUUGGCCUGGAUUUGGCGGUUAUAAAGAAAUGCCGAGCUUCUACAGAAAGCCAAUUUGUAAACUGAAUUGCUCUGCUUUGACUGGAAAAGAACUACUAAGCUUACGUAACAAAACCCGAGCGAAAUUCCCUCCAUACGAACACUGCUACCCCGAUUUCUUCAACGAAACGGAGAAAUAUUCGCGCCGAGUUGACCGUGUCAUCGGCUGGUUAAAAUCGGAGGACCCACCGCGUUUUGUGGCGCUGUACAUCGAUGCACCCGAUUGGAAGGGUCAUACGGACGGAGCGCUUUCCAAGGCGUACAAGGACUCCAUUGAAGAGGUUGACAAAGGUGCUGUUGGACAUCUCUUGGAUAAGCUCAAGGAAGAAUCUCUCAUCGACAAGGUGAACUUGAUUUUCGUCAGUGAUCAUAACAUGGUGAAUACUUCAUCAGAGCGGGUGAUCCUCUUGGACAAGUACAUCGAUCCGUCGACUUAUUGGCUUAUCGAGAGUGGAACAAUAGGUCACAUAUGGCCAAACGAAGGAAAAUUAGAGGAGAUUUACACUAAUUUGACGAAAGACAACUAUCCCCAUCUGAAAGUGUACAAAAAGGACGAUAUUCCCGAGGAGUAUCACUGGAAGCACAACAAACGGAUUCCGCCCAUUUAUGUACAACCGGAUGUUGGCUGGGUUUUGGACAAAUCGAAUGCUACAGCCCGCCACGGUGAUUGGGUAAGAGGAAAUCACGGAUGGCCACCGCAAAAAUCCAAGACAUACUCCAUUCUGUACGCGCAGGGACCCGCCUUCAAAGUGGGCUACGAAAUAGAGCCCUUUUCUAUCCUGGAUCUCUAUCCCCUGAUGUGUGAUCUCUUAGGAAUUGAACCUCGCCCGAAUAACGGUUCCAUGGAUAUUGUGAAGAAGAUGCUUAAAGAAGUAAGGGCUGCUUCAGCCAGUCCCCCAGUGGGUCAGCUAGGCGCGGUCACCAAGUCCAUCGGACUGUUGCUUUGUGUGAUCGUUUGGUCGACAAUCUUUGGGUUUUAGUAAUUGUUUCGUCUGUAGAGAGUAAUUUGUUACUCAAAAACUUAACAUGCCGUUUUUGUUAUUGUUCUUGUGAGUACAAAUAGGAAUUCAUAAUUUUAUUACAUUACUCGUUUCCCUUUCUACGUGAUAUCUGAAGGAGAAUUUCAAAGUUGAUUGAAUAUUUUAAAGGAAAGGUUUUUUGUUACCGUGACAGUUCGUGUUUAGUCUUAUCGUGACUGACACAAAAUCACGCAAUAUUUUACUCUUAGCGUGACUCCCUUACGACCGAGUGACUAUUUGCUGACAUCACUUCACAGAAUAGUUCCCAGACUCUAACAGGAGGAACAUAAAGGGACUAGGUUAAUCCAAGAUUGUUUUGCGUAUGAUAAUUUCUUGUAUUGAAACAAAAACAAGAGUAACUUGCCGUGUAUAAUGCACUAAGCCAGCAUAGUAAAGUUGGUCUGUGUGCUCAGUUGAGAUACGACCUAAUAACUUUUUUAAGCUCUCACAGGAAGAUAAACUAGUGUGGAUUAAAAACUGAGGUCUAACGUCGGA